CCGACGCAGUGGCUGACGGGAGGCGGAGCAGCAAACGAGGCCGUCGGCCAUUUUGUGUCUGUUCCCUGUGAGACGCGGUGGUAGCCGUUGGUUGGGCAAAGUGAGCGAUUUUUUUUCCUCGUUUUUCCUGCUUCUUUUCUCCUCCUUUUUCUUCGUCCGUAGAGCGCAGUUAUGGGUCGCAAGAAGAAGAAGCAGCUGAAGCCGUGGUGCUGGUAUUGUAAUAGAGAUUUUGAUGAUGAGAAGAUCCUUAUACAGCACCAAAAAGCAAAGCAUUUUAAAUGCCAUAUAUGUCAUAAGAAAUUGUAUACAGGACCUGGCUUAGCUAUUCAUUGCAUGCAGGUGCAUAAAGAGACAAUAGAUGCUGUACCAAAUGCAAUACCUGGGAGAACAGACAUAGAGUUGGAAAUAUAUGGUAUGGAAGGUAUUCCAGAAAAAGACAUGGAUGAAAGACGGCGACUUCUUGAACAGAAAACACAAGCAGAAAGUCAAAAAAAGAAGCAGCAAGAUGAUUCUGAUGAAUAUGAUGAUGAUGACUCUGCAGCCUCAACUUCAUUUCAACCACAGCCUGUGCAACCUCAACAAGGUUAUAUCCCUCCAAUGGCUCAGCCAGGACUGCCACCAGUUCCAGGAGCCCCAGGAAUGCCUCCAGGCAUACCUCCAUUAAUGCCAGGUGUUCCUCCUCUGAUGCCAGGAAUGCCACCAGUUAUGCCAGGCAUGCCACCUGGAUUGCAUCAUCAGAGAAAAUACACCCAGUCAUUUUGCGGUGAAAACAUAAUGAUGCCAAUGGGUGGAAUGAUGCCACCUGGACCAGGAAUACCACCUCUGAUGCCUGGUAUGCCACCAGGUAUGCCUCCCCCCGUUCCACGUCCUGGAAUCCCUCCAAUGACCCAAGCACAGGCUGUUUCAGCACCAGGUAUUCUUAAUAGACCACCUGCACCAACAGCAACAGUACCUGCGCCACAGCCUCCAGUUACUAAGCCUCUUUUCCCCAGUGCUGGACAGAUGGGGACACCUGUAACAAGCUCAAGUACAGCUUCAUCCAAUUCAGAAAGUCUGUCUGCAUCUUCUAAAGCUCUGUUUCCUAGCACAGCACAAGCUCAGGCAGCUGUCCAAGGACCUGUUGGUACAGAUUUCAAGCCUUUAAAUAGUACCCCUGCAACAACUACAGAACCCCCAAAGCCUACAUUCCCUGCUUACACGCAGUCUACAGCUUCAACCACUAGUACAACGAAUAGUACUGCAGCUAAACCAGCAGCUUCAAUAACAAGUAAGCCUGCUACACUUACGACAACCAGUGCAACCAGUAAGUUGAUCCAUCCAGAUGAGGAUAUAUCACUGGAAGAGAGAAGGGCACAGUUACCUAAAUAUCAACGUAAUCUUCCUCGACCAGGACAGGCCCCCAUUGGUAAUCCACCAGUUGGACCAAUUGGAGGUAUGAUGCCACCACAGCCAGGCAUCCCACAGCAACAAGGAAUGAGACCCCCAAUGCCACCUCAUGGUCAGUAUGGUGGUCAUCAUCAAGGCAUGCCAGGUUAUCUUCCUGGUGCUAUGCCGCCAUAUGGGCAGGGACCGCCAAUGGUGCCCCCUUACCAAGGUGGGCCUCCUCGACCUCCGAUGGGAAUGAGACCUCCUGUAAUGUCGCAAGGUGGCCGCUACUGAUCUUACUUCAUCCAGUCUAAUAGGUUUGGAGAUUAAACCUUUUCUCAACUUGUGCUGUUUAUAUAGCCAAGCUUCCGUCAAUAAGGCUUCAUUGUGACUUUAACAAACAUUAUCUUCCCACAUACCAGGAACUAUUGGACAUUUAUUUUACAUGGGAAAAAUUAUUUGGAAUAAUAAAAGCAGGAACUUUUCCUGAAGUUGCAAUUUAUACUGUAUGGCUUCUUUUUCAUGUUUCAUCUAGGUUUUUAGAAGUGAAGUAUAGUAAAUUUGGUUCGUUAAAUUGUGAAGGCGCUGGAAUUACAUGAACAUACCACCUUAAUAAAGGCAAGUUCUGUAAGCUUACAUUGCUAUUUGUAAAGUUAUGCCUUCACAGCAUUUCAGAUGCUGUUGGACUUCAUGUCCCCAACAUAGCUUGGUGAGGGCUGUAACUGUUUCCAAGUACCUGUACAUUGGAAGUCUGAAUGUGUAACAAUAUUUAAUGUAUUUAGAGUUCCUCAUGUUGCAGGGUUUAAGAAAUCUGACCCACCAAGGUCAUGUGACUUUUCUGUACUGUUAAACUUCAUUGUAAUAAAAUGAGAGAAAAAUUUAUGCCUUUUUAUUCAUAACCCAGCUGUGGACCACUGCCCAAAAGGUUUGUACAGAUGCAUGCCAUAGUAGAUGUCCACAUAAUAAAAUUCAUAGUUACCAAUGCAGUUUUGAUA